CUGUUGAGCAGUAGGGGCCGCUCAGUAUAAAAGGUUUACCAGUCCUCCUCUGGUCUGGCUGGAGGAGGUUCACAUCAACACAGGAUCCUCCCUCUGCAGUAUGGAGAACCAAACUUACAAUAUGGAUAUAAUAUUCAUCGAGGGGUUAAAGGUCAGCCCCCAGUUCUCAGUUCCCGCAUUCAUCCUCCUCCUCCUCAUCUACAUCUUCAUCAUGGUGUCCAACAUCAGCCUAGUAGUCCUGAUCUUCAUGGAGAGGAGCCUCCACGAGCCCAUGUAUCUGCUCUUCUGCAACAUGAGUAUUAAUGAUGUUUUUGGGGCCACGACCAUCAUUCCUCGCUUGCUGAGUGAUGUUUUUACUCCAGUCACAGAGCGCUACAUCCAUUACAUAGACUGCGUCGUUCAGGCCUUCGCUUCACACUUUCAUGCAGGCACCUCUCACGUGGUGCUCAUGAUCAUGGCCUUCGACCGCUACGCGGCCAUCUGCAACCCCCUGCGUUACGCCACCAUCAUGACCAGCAGGAUGGUGGUGAAGCUGUCGGUGUCAGCCUGGGUGGCGGCCUUCAUCUCUGUCGCGAUCCUCCUGGGUCUCACCAUUCACCUGACGCGCUGCAGGCGGGUUAUCAUCAACCCGUUCUGCGACAACGCCUCCUUGUUCAAGCUCUCCUGCCAGAACCUUCUCAUCAACCAUAUCUACGGCCUCGGCAGCGCCGUGGUCAUCCUGGGCUCCUCCCUCGGCAGCAUCACACUCACCUACCUGAGGAUCGCCAUGGUGUGUUUGAGCAGUAAGAACAAGGUGCUGAACAGCCGGGCGCUGCAGACCUGCGCCACCCACUUGGCUGUCUACCUGAUCAUGUUGGUUGCAUCCUUCACCCCCAUGAUCAUUCACCAUUACCCCGAGUGGGCAGACAAUGGGAAAGUGGCGUCCAUCAUGUUCCAUGUCGUGCCGCCGGCCCUGAACCCCAUCAUCUACGGGCUGCAGUGUAAAGAGCUCAGACAGAAGAUUGUCGCCGUGUUUCACAAGAAUAAAGGCAUGGAUGUGAAAACUUUCCAUAAAUAACUCUUAAAGUCGCACACGCUUCCUAAAAUAAAGGUCUCAUCAAUCAAGUACCUUGAGUUCCGUACACAUUUCUCCGUAACAUGAACAAUUUAGGGGAAUUUAAGGUAUAAAUUUGUAUUUUACAACAGUUGAUAGAAGAUGUUUACAGGACUCUCUGAGCCUGCAGUUUGUAAGUUAAAAGUAAAAUGUUUGUCUCAAACUUUUAUUUAAUUUUACUGACGAUCAUAAGACUGACAUUAUCCUCAUUUUUUUUGUUAUUCUAAUCAAAUUGUACUCGGUCUCCUAUUUUACAGGACACGUUUGUAUGUAUUGACAUGUCAUGAUAAUAUUUCACAUACAUUUCAAUUGAUUAAGCUUGUUUUGUUGUAAAAUUGUAUUCAAUACAAUAAUCUGUUUUAAGUAUUAAACAUCCUGCUGGUUACUUUAAUAAAAGCUCUGUUUUAAUGUAUUUUACAUUAUUAUUUCAAAACAAGGUAGGAGUUUUUACCAAAUGUGGUCACUUCAUAUCCAGAUGGGGUCAUGGGAGAUUUCUAAUACAGUUAUAUUGUUUGUUUGAAUAAUAUGCUUAAUAAAGAAUGUUUAAAUG